AUCGAUCAUAUCUCUUCACUCACCAUCAAAGCAAACGUCUCUUCCCUUAUUCUAAUAUAUAUACCAUUUCCUCUUUUUUGCUUAAUCUCCUCUCCAAAUGGCCACCGUCGAGGUUGAGCAAGUGACCGAGGUGACGCAAAAGGUCGAGGAGACUCCGGCGCCGGCGGAGCCGGAGGUGACCCAGAAGGCGGAGCCGGAGGCCGAAGCUCCGGUUGAGACAGCUCCAGAAGCUCCGGUUGAGACAGCGCCGGAAGCUCCAGCGGCCGAGGCGGAGGCGGAGGCCGAAGCUCCAGUGGAAGAAACAACGAAAGAAGUCGUCGUGGAAGAGGCCAAGGAAACAGAGAAACCAGCUGAAGAAACGGAGGAGGUGGAGGCUAAAGAAGAAGAAGAGGAGAAAAAGACGGAGGAGACGGCUCCGGUGACGGAGGAGGUAGUUCCGGAGAAGGAGGAAGAGAAGAAGCCGGAGGCGGAGGAGGAGAAGCCGGCGGAAGAACCCGCCGUAGCCGCUGCCGCCGCCGAGGAGAAGGCGGAGGAGUGAGUGUGGAACAACGCAGUCUUUUGAAGAUCAGAAGAAAGAAAGAAAGAAGAAGUUGGCGAGAUGGUUUGAUAUUGCAGUGAUUCUUGAAUCGCUCUCGUUGUCUUCGUUUGUGUUUUGUUCUUCCUUGUUUACUUACAAGUAUUCGAUCCGUAUGUUGUCUUUUUUUUUUCUUUUUUCUUUUUAAUAUGAUAUGAUAAAUGAGAUGUUUUUAUAUGCCUUAA